AUGGACUCCCUCCCACGCCCCUUCACCAUCGAAAUCGACGGCAAGCCCAUCUCCAAGGUCAAUGGCCCGUUGGACGAAGAUACCUUUGGUGGCCAAACAUGCAAGCAUGCAAAGACUGGGUCAGAACCAGCCGUCUUUGAACUCAAGGAAUGCCGUCUCAUAUCUGACGGGCUUGUUCUCUCAAGAGGAAUGAUAGAGGAUCGUAGCCUCCUGCCGAAGAGGGUGUUAUGGUUCAAAGCAGACGAACAUCCUGACCCGCACCGUGUCAUUGCGCACAAGAAUGGCAAUGACUACUUGCUCCAAAUGUCUGGCAAUAGUUUCAUGGUGAACGGCGAUACCGUCUUUUCGCCUUUGCUGCCAGGCCAAGGAGGGCAUGUUGUUGUCAAGAUGCAAUCUUAG